AUGGCCCGUAGGACAGUCUACGAUCAGGCGACCACUGGCUUUGCCGGUGGGAAUUCCCCCAUCACCCUUCCAGACAUCCCGAACGAUCGGUCUUGGCGGAUUCCUUCCUACAUCAUGACGGCUAUCACCAAUUCAUGCCAGUUUCAUGGACGUGACGACGAGGAUGCACCCGCUCACAUCAACCGCAUCACUCGUCUUUGCAGCACCUUCUCCAUUGAGGGGGUGAACCUCGAUGCUCGAUUUCUUCAGAUCUUUCCAUUCUCACUCGCUGGACGCGCAUCCGUCUGGUUCGAUUCUCAGCCCGCAGGCACUUUCACUACUUGGGCAGGUCUCCGUGAUGCUUUCUUAGCCAAGUACUUUCCACCAGCCAAGGUAUCUCGCCUUCGUGAUCAGAUCCACUCCUUCCGCAUGGAGCCUGAUGAGCCGUACCACUUGGCGUGGGAGCGUUUUCAGACGCUUCUUUCCCGUUGUUCACAGCAUGGUUUGUCUGAUUGGGCGUUAGUUGAAAAAUUCUACAAUGGUCUUACUCCUGAGAUUAGAGCUCGUUUCGAUACUUCAGCAGGGGGGCAACUUAUGGGCAAGAAGACAGUAGCUGAGUGUAACGAUUUGUUUCAAAGUUUUGCCCAUUCUGACAUGGAUUACAGCACUACCAGCAGGACUUCCAUUCCUGUUCGUACCUCCUCGACCGGUCGAGGGGUAAACCAAGUUAGCUUGGAUCCAUCGGUAGCUGCUGCUAUGAUCGAGAGAGUCAGAGAGGAGUUGAGGCAAGAGAUGAGGCGAGAGCUGAGUGAGAUUAAGAAGAUAGUUGAUAGGUGUGAGGUCUGUAGGGGAGGUCACGACACGCUCGAUUGUCCCACUCUUACUCUAGAGCAGGUUGAGUUCAUAGCUGGUCAGUCUAGGGGUCAAUUUAGUAAUAAUAAUAAUCUUUUUAACUCCAGCUGGCAGGGUAGUGGUAGUAGUAGUGGAUGUCGCCCUUCUGGCGAUCCCCCUGGUUUUCCAUCGAGUCAGUAUCAAAGUAGGGGGACUGAUUUAUAUCAGAGUGGUCAGUAUAGUGGUUUGAGUAGGCAGUUUGCUAGUGGGGGACCGACUCAGGAGAGUCAAGGCAGUGGAAAUGCUCCUGAGGUUAGUACGAACAGGUUGGAGGAGAUGUUCGCCCAGAUGAUGACGCAGACUCAGGCGUUCAUGAAAAAUCAGGAGCAGACGAAUAGAAACCACGAACUUCAGCUUAAAAAUCAAGAGUCUACUCUUUUAGAUCUUCAGAGGUUAGUAGGGGAUAUAGCUAGGCAGUUGAGAGAGUCCCCCUCUAGUCAGUUUUCAGGUACACUCACCCGGUUAACCAUUCUGUGA